UGUGUAUGUUAGGUUCGUCUCAUUGUUCAUAUUCAUGCAGCUUUUAACAAACUCAGUGACAAAAUUAAACUUUAUUGUGAAGAGACCUUAGUUUGGAAGCAUGAUAAGAAAAAGAAAAGGCACCACCAUUGCUGUUACCAACGUUGGAACACUCAAACAAAUUCGCGCCUUAAUGAUCGUUAAUGGUUUUACUUCCAACGUUGGAUUCCUCCGAAAACUCGUCCUCGCCGCAGCCAUGUCAAUGGUCGGCCCCUCAGCUAAUGCCGCUGUGACACAAUACGCACUCCAAAUGUUCGCUCAAAUUCCCCAACCAGACACCUUCAUGUGGAACACCAUCAUCAGAGGCUCUUCUCAGAGCCGUGAUCCCUUGCACGCCGUGGCACUGUAUGCCCAGAUGGACCAGCGUUCCGUUAAGCCUGAUAACUUCACAUUCCCAUUUGUUCUCAAGGCUUGCACCAAGCUGGUCUGGGUCAAAACUGGUUCCGCUGUUCAUGGUAGGGUUUUGAGGCUUGGGUUUGGUUCAAAUGUGGUUGUGAGGAACACCCUUUUGGUUUUCCAUGCUAAAUGUGGAGACUUGAAGAUUGCUACUGAGAUUUUUGAUGAUUCGGAUAAGAGGGAUGUGGUUGCUUGGUCUGCACUCAUUGCUGGGUAUGCCCAAAGAGGGGACUUGAGUGUUGCACGGAAACUGUUUGGUGAAAUGCCCAAUAGAGAUUUGGUGUCAUGGAAUGUGAUGAUCACAGCCUACACAAAGAAUGGUGAGAUGAAGUGUGCUAGAAAACUUUUUGAUGAAUCUCCUAUGAGGGAUGUUGUUAGUUGGAAUACGAUGAUCGGUGGUUAUGUGCUUCGUGGCUUGAACCGGGAGGCGUUGGAGUUGUUUGAUGAGAUGUGUACAGUUGGGGAGUGUCCCGAUGAAGUAACAAUGUUGAGCUUGGUGUGUGCUUGUACUGAUUUGGGGGAUUUAGAGAGUGGCGAGAAGGUGCACACCAAGAUUAUCGAAAUGAGUAAGGGAAAGUUUAGCACGUUGUUGGGAAAUGCUCUUGUUGAUAUGUAUGCCAAGUGUGGAAAUAUUAGGAAAGCAAUUCAUGUGUUUUGGUUGAUAAGAGAUAAAGAUGUGGUCUCGUGGAACACGGUCAUUAGUGGGUUGGCCUUUCAUGGCCAUGCUGAGGAAUCACUUGGUCUGUUUAGGGAAAUGCAGAGUACCAAGGUUUGUCCAGAUGAGAUCACUUUUGUUGGUGUUUUGGCAGCUUGUAGUCAUGUCGGGAAUGUUGAUGAGGGUAAUCGUUAUUUUCAUCUUAUGAGAAGUAAGUACAAGAUUGAGCCAAACAUUAGACAUUGUGGGUGCGUGGUGGACAUGCUGGGACGUGCUGGACUUUUGAAGGAGGCGUUUGAUUUCAUAGCUUCCAUGAAAAUUGAACCAAAUGCAAUUAUUUGGAGGAGUUUGCUUGGAGCUUGCAAAGUUCAUGGAGACGUGGAUUUGGCAAAACAAGCAAAUGAGCAGCUGCUCAGAAUGAGAGGGAAUCAAAGUGGGGACUAUGUGUUGUUGUCAAAUGUAUAUGCUUCACAAGGUGAAUGGAAUGGGGCUGAGAAGAUAAGGAAGCUGAUGGACGACAAUGGUGUGACCAAAAAUCGCGGCUCUAGCUUUGUUGAGGCACACAGUUGAUGCGUCAAGUAUUGUGGUAACAUGAAUGUUGAUCAAUUAUUGAAAUAUCUUUUUUUCACUUUGGUAAGACACCAAGUAGUAGGUGGAUCUAAAAUUGAUCUACGUUCAACUCCACACUGUGACACUGAUAACCGUAAAGUGAAACUUCAUAACUGCAGGCGGAAACUAGUUUUGGCUUAUUCAUACAAAUAUCAAUUUAUUUCUGCGGACUGAACAUGAUUGGGUGGAGUUACAUUUGAUCUUUGGGUCUGUUAAGAUAUUUGUGCCUGCAAUGUUUCAAGUCAUUGUGAAUGAAAUAAUUCCAUCACAAAGUUGUUCAUAUCUCAAGAUUUGAAUUCAUAGCCUGGAUGAGGAUUGUCCAUAAUGCAGUUACUGGAAUUUGGAUGGAAUUUGCUUGGAGCUUGCAUAGUUAAUGGAGAAGAGGAGUUGGUAAAACACAAAUGAGAAGGGACCAGGGUGGUGAGUGGAGAAUAUUUGAUGUGCCUGGAGUUGGAGGACAACAUGCAUUCUAUAGGCAUAUGCACUUCAAAUCCAUCAAUGCACUAACAAUGCUAAAUAGUUGCUUUUAGAAAAACAAAAUUUGAGUAGUUGCUGGUUAUGUUGAGAGGCCGACUUCCAGGAAAUGUAAGUGAUCAAGAAAAACUAAUCCAUUACUCAGAACUUUUUCCUUCAAUUGACAACACAUCACGCAAUGGGUCUUUUGAGAGGGAUUCAUACGGAAGAUAUGAGAAAUAAGCCUAGUUCACAUAAAAGAUUAAGAGUACUUUCAAUUACUAGAAUCCUUCUGUCGUUGUUCUUUAUAAAAGUACAUACUUGUCUUGGUUAAAAAGA